GUCACCCGUGCUAUCAACACGUCACAUUUUUAAUCAUACCUUCAAAUUUAUCUUAAUAAAUUCUUUUAUUUUAUCUACUAUUUUCGGAAGAUUCUUUAAAAAUGGUGAAACUAUACGCUCUUUGUAUCCUACUUAAGGGGACAAACGUGAAAGCCCUUAAUUCUGCUUAUGAUCUACAAUCUUUUGGCUAUUUUCAAAGGUCGAGUGUGAAAGAGUUCAUGGACUUUACUGCGAGAAUAAUCGUGGAACGAACAAGAGUUAAGGAGAGAGCAUCGGUUAAGGAACAAGAAUAUGUUUGCCAUGUCUAUGUAGAUGCAAAUAAUUUGUCUGGCGUUUUGAUUUCCGAUUCUGAAUAUCCUUCAAGAGUGGCAUUCACAUUGAUUGGAAAGGUUUUGGAGGACUUUCUUCAAGAAUACCCUCUUCACAAACUGCUUGAGCUCGAGAUGAAAGAUAUUGUGUUUGAGAAGUCAAGAGAAUACUUGGAUAAGUAUCAAAAUCCAAGUCAAGCAGAUCCGAUGAUGAAGGUUCAAGCAGAAUUAGAUGAAACAAAGAUAGUUCUGCACAAUACUAUUGAAAGCGUAUUAGAGCGAGGGGAAAAGCUUGACGACUUAGUGGAUAAAUCAAGAGAGUUGACCAUACAGUCAAAAACAUUCUAUACCACUGCAAAAAAGACAAAUUCCUGUUGUAUUAUCCUAUGAGGAUUUUGGUGAAGUAUCCAUUUAGUGGAGAUACUUUCUAUUAAAUUUAACUAAAGAUAGCAGGAAUGUAUACAUGUAUUCCUUUAUUAUUAGACACUUGUCACUAUAAAUUAUGAGCUGGGGUAAAUCAUAGAUGAUCGGUACGCACAAAUAUAGACAUAUAUAAAUAUUGUUAUUGUAUUUAAAUGUGUAAAUAGUGCUACAUGAACUUGUAACUUGUUACAUUAUAUUUGUACAAGUGAUAAA